UACCCAUCGGCCAUCACUGCUCUACAGAGAUUAUAUUCGUUUAUUUUUUAAUUUAACAUUUUAAUAACUAUAAAUCAACAAAAAUUCAACAUAAAUAAAGAACUAUUUUUGAAGUAUAAAUUUAUUAAAGAAUAAUUAUCAACGAAAAAACCUUGAAAACAUCGAACUAUUAAUCAACAGAUGCAAGCAAUUAUCAAAUGCAAUAUUAUUGAAUAAACUAUCGUACAGUUGAUAUUGGUUGAUAAAUAUUGAAGAAAAAAGCACACCAUGAGUGAUGACGAUGAGUAUCUGGAUGAUGAAAAUGACCAAGACUUCGAUAUAAACGAGUACAGAAGUACCGAAGGAAGUGACGAUUCUAAUGAUUUUGAGAAUGACAAUGAAAAUUAUGAUCUAGAUGAUGAUGAAGAAAAAGGUGGUGAUUAUUUUGAAGAUGAAUCAAAAUAUCCUAGUCCAACAUCGCCAAACGGCCAUAGAUUUGAUAAAAAAUUCGUAUGCAUCAGGUAUCCAGGCAAUGUUAUUAAUCCUGAUAAGGCAGUUGAAACUUUAGGAGGUCUUGCCGCAAUUUCUACAGUUGUCAAUACUCCAAACCGCCGGUUGGAGCUCCGCUUUCGUCCUUCUGACACCUACUGCAAGCCAGCAUGUGGAGAUCGACACGAAAUGACUGGAUUUUUACUAAGAAUUAGAACGAAAAAAUCUCGUGUCCAAGCUAUCAACCAGGCUAGUCUCCAAAAACAACAUCUAGAAUUUCGUAAACUUGAACCAGUACCUCUACCAUCAAAUCCUGAACUUAGAAAAACUCUUGAAGAUUUAGAAAAUCAAAUAAAAAAUUGUUCUGUCGAUCCUAUAAUAAAUCAUCAAGAACGUCGUUCAACACUUGAGGAUAAAAAAACUGAAAAAACAGGAUUUCCAUACGGUAAAAGACCUUUACCUGAUGAUAUUUUACCAACAUUUGACAAAAACAAAUAUGAAGAUUUAUCAAAUGAUGUACAUUAUGAAUUACCAAAAUUAAAAAUACUUGGAAGAAUUGAAACUGAAUAUAAAUUUACAAAUCUAUGUGAUUUUCAAUUUCUUCCAGUUUUAAAAAAUCAAAAUACCUCAAAAAAUGAAUGUAUUUAUAAUGAAAUUUAUCCAAGUGGAAUACCAUCAUAUAAAUGGCUACAAAAAGACGUACCACAUUUUUUACCACCAGCUGUUUUUAGCCGAAUGGAUAGUGUUCAAAAUUACAGUUUAAAAACAGAAUCAAAAGAAACUGGUCCAGAAAAUAUAAUUGGUAAAACCCGUAAACGACGUGGUGGUUAUUCAAAUAAAAUAUCAUUUGGAACAGAAAAUGUUCCAACAGAGCCACCAGUUGGAAUUGAAAAUGCAAUGAAACUUAAAUUUUUAGGACAAUCACAUUUAGAAAAAAUAAGAAAAUUAUUUGAAGAAAGACCAAUUUGGUCGAGGAAUGCUUUGUUAUUUAAAACUAAAUUUUCUAGAGAACAAAUAAAAUUAAUAUUGCCUUGUGUUGCAUAUUAUUACACAAAUGGACCUUGGAGAAUGAUGUGGGUAAAACUUGGUGAAGAUCCUCGUAAUAAUCCAGCGUUAAGAAUAUAUCAAACACUGGAUUAUCGACGUAAGCAUAUGCAUGGAUUGGAACAAAGUAUCAAGGGAAAGAAAAGAUCACCAAAUAAUAUAUUACGAUAUAAAUCAACAACUGUUACUAAGUCAAAAAUAGCAUCGGUAUUGACUCAUAUGGGUGAAGAAGAUGAGACAGAUACUAACAAAAGACGAAAUGAAAUGAAAGAAGAUAUUUAUAUUUAUCGAGAGGGUAUAGUUCCACCUUCAAAACAAAUGUUCUAUCAGUAUUGUGAUGUUUUUGCUGAGGACAUUCAAUCAAUGCUUGCCAAACUACCUGAUCCUCAACCUGGUACAAAAUGUGAUGAAAAACAUGGAUGGUUACCAGUUGGUUUUAGUGAUCAAUGUCGUGAAAUAAUAAACAAACAUGUACGUGUUGUUUUACGUAAAAGAUCAAAUAUACCUGUUGAUUAUCCAACACGAUUACCACGUAAACGUCCAAUUGGUAAAUCUGUUAAUGUUAAACGAACUAGAGUUACAAGAAAACGCAAAGAAUCAUCAGAAUCUGAAUGGGAAGAUAUGUAACAUGGUAAAAUUAGUAAUUAAUCCACGUUUUCUGGCUAAGUUUAAGACUAUAUAGAUAUUAAAGAUAUUUUUUUAGAUAUAUAAAUUCAGUUAUUCAAGUUUACAAUUUAUUUAUUUAAUAUUGAGUAUUAAUGCGUAACUAAGAAAAAAUAUUACCCCAUUCAAAACCUAAUUGAUAUCAGUAAAUAAUAAAACAAUUUGAAUUCUUACAAAAGUUAGACCAGUUGUAAAAUGUAAACAGCUAAAGAAACGAAAAAAACAAUAUAAUCAAAGUAAUAAAUAAGAUGAGCAGGUAGAGAAAGAAAUUUACACUGACACCUACAUUUUUUUAUUACAACAUUAUCUACUUAUAUGAAUUUUUUUUUUUUUUUAUCAAAUUAAAUAAAAUUUUAUUUUUUAUUGAAUUGUAAUUAGAACAUUAUCUACUUAUAUGAAUUUUUUUUUUUUUUAUCAAAUUAAAUAAAAUUUUAUUUUUUAUUGAAUUGUAAU